AUGCGAUGGCAUUCUCUUGAUGUCGGUUCGCUUCACUAUCCUUUACCAGGCGGAAAGAAUCCUGUUGUAGAAGCCCAUAUCAUCGCUAUCGACUCGCCUGAUCAUGUGGUGUCUCUAUCAAGGUCUACGGAGUUUUCGGUUGACUCUGUCUUGUUCGAGGUGGCUUGGACCACUUCCGAUAUGCUUCUCGUAAAGGAGAUGAGCAGAGAUGCGGUGAGAGGACAAGUGCUCAUGUUUAACUGGACACAGUUGGUUCCGAGUCGACCACAGCUCGAAGGGGAAGUAGUCCGUCAAGUAGAUCUCAAGCCAGGUUGGAUCGAGUGUGAACAAACGAUAUUUCCUCUGCCAUCGACGGUUCUAGGUCUUUCGGCAUAUCUGGACAUUGUGGAGGACCGUGAAGGGUACAAGCAUAUUGCAGUAUUCGAGUCUUCACGAUCCUCGGAACCCUACUUCAUAACCCAAGGCAAAUGGGAGGUUACGGGAAAGCUUCUUGGUGUGAACGAAGAACGUAAAACUGUUUACUUCCAGGCCCCCUACCCCACGUCUAUCCAGAGAAGCAUACUAUCGGCAAAUAUUAUCGAAAAACAGAAUAUUAUCGAAAAACAUGUCUCUGUAACACCGAUAGCUGAAGACGGCUACUACCGAGCCGAUUUUUCGCCAUCUUCAGAUUAUCAUCUGUUGAGUUACGAAGGACCAGGCAUUCCGUGGCAAAAAAUCAUGACCGCCGAUGGAGGUGAGAACUCUCGGGACAGAAAGUUUUCGUUCGAUGUCUCGCAGUUCUCUCAUCCCCGUUUCCUUGUACACACCGGGAGACAAUGA